GAAACUUCUCAAAAAUUAAAAUGUCGUUAGAUUUUUCUCAAAUUUUAGCUCCUAGUUUAAAUGAAGUCUCCAUAGCAGAAAUCGAGGGAAAAAUUUUGAAUUUAGGAUGUGCCAAGGAUCAAAACCUCACACAUUACAUAAAUUCCGAGGGUAUUGUGUUUCCAAACCUGCAAGUCCCUUAUCAACUUUCGCAUCCAGAUUUAGUUCACCUUGGUACACGAAGAGUUGUAACUGACCUACCAACGUCACCCACCGCUUAUGGACGAUUUAUGGAUUCAGUUAAGCAUUCGAUUGAUGAGCAAAUAAAUCAAGCUCAAACAUAUAUACAAGAAGUAACUCAAAAUAUUAAAGAUAUGCUUCCAUCAUUCUUGAAUAAUUACAUUUUUAAUGCCGAUACCGAAGAAUAUAUGCAAUCGCUUCGUAUGAAAAUAGAUCGUUAUCCUGCGAAAAUUAUUGAUUGGCAUCCAUAUUUUUCUAUAUUUGCAGUAGCCCAUAGAGUGGAUGUCAUUUUGCUAUAUGAUUUACGUGUUGAAGAAUGGUUUCCCGAAGUCUUAGAGAAUAGUUUGCAAAAGGAGAUUACAUGUAUGGCUUGGAAGCCAUUAGGCGGAAAUAUCUUAGCAGUCGGAUGUCGACGUGGAAUUUGUUUAUGGGAACUUUCACUUGAACAGAAGAAAGAAUCGGUACCAACGCGUCUUCCCGCGUGGAUGCGUCACCUUCAUUACCCUGGACACGAAAAUAUUGUUUCGUUAGCUUGGCAUCCACAUGGAUACUCAUUAGCAACAGGUUCGGCGGAUGGUUCAGUAAUUCUUUGGGAUACAGCGUUUGAAACAGGAACACCUUUAACAAGAAAUCGCAAAGUUACGUUUCUGAGCUGGAGUCCUGUUGGAGAAUUUUUAUUUUCAUCAUCAUUAGACGGUAAAAUUGAAGUAUGGGAGACUCAACGAUGGACAUCCAAAACAAUAACUUCGAAUGGGUAUCCCGUCGAGACAGGAUGUUGGACAACAGAUGGACGUGCUUUAUUCUUGGGAUUCGACGGAUAUGAGGGUGAAAUUCUUGUACUUUCUAUAUCUCCAAACUUUGAUUACGAAUGGUUACCUAAAAUAGAUUUAUCUCCAAUUCCUGAAUGCGCUGGUAUAGGAAUUGAACAACUGGCAAUUGAUCCGAACGGCGAACGUCUUAUUGCAUGUUUCAAAAAUACGCAAUUGUUCAAAGAUACACCAUUGUUACUUGUUUUUGAUGCUAAGUUACCAUCGCAAGUGUCAAAGAAAGCCAAUCUUUUGAAUUUUCCAAGAACGAUGCGAGGACCCGCAUGGAAUGAUCCUGACGAUCAAGGUGCAUUUUUAACACAAUCUGACCCCAAACCAGUAUCCCUAAGCUUUGCUAAACAAUUUACUAGAGGAUCUUUAUUAAGUCCGGUAUGGGGAGAUGGCCAAAUAUCUUUUAUACCAUUUUUAUACAAUAAAGCUAAUAAAUAAACUUAAUAUAUUAUUUGAUGGUUAAUAAUUGCAUAAAUAGUAAAGUAUUUAAAUAUUUUUUCUUAAUUAACAAAUUAGAAACUCAUUUAAUUAAGAGUAAAUUGGUAUAAAAAAUUU